AUGUUUCCACCGUUCCAAGUGAGACUUCACGGACUGGACCCUACAGCCAAAUACAUUCUUAUGAUGGACUUUGUCUCAGUGGACGACAAACGUUACAGGUACGCGUUCCACAGUUCCAAGUGGCUGGUGGCAGGUAAAGCAGACUCUAGUGUACCCGGGAGAGUACACAUUCAUCCCGACUCUCCCUGUACUGGACAGCAAUGGAUGAAACAAGUCGUGUCUUUUGACAAACUUAAACUCACAAACAACCUGAUGGACGACAAUGGGCAUGUAUGUGGUGUUUCGUAUUGGCGUAGGUUAACGUUAGUUAAAAAUCGAAAUCAGUGUUGCUCGGUUUUUUUAAAUUUUUAGCUAAGAUAAGAAAAUAGCAGGAUAUGAUAAGAUCACCUGAUAGUUAGACAGCCAAACAUUAUAUUAGUUAACUGGGAUGUUAUGGUAAAAACCAAAUUCACCGGUUAUUGAAAUUUCUUCACCCUAUCCGGUCUUUCAAGCUGUUUAUUUUACUGAGCCAGUGAAUAGCACUGGAUCAAAACACCCUCUGGCUGGAGAGAAGCGUGGAUUUGGAGGAAGGGGGGGAGGGGCCCGCAGUCCGUCCUUUUGCUUGCAAUUGUGAUAAAGGUGUGAUCUAUUCUCAAUGCAGCCAUCCGCAAACAAUGCCUGUAAUGCUAAUAAGAGAUGGGGUACUCUCUUCCCAAUAGCGCGCUAUUGGGAAGAGGAACUUACCUUAAAUAAGAAACCCACAAUGCAUAGAGACGAAUAGGAUAGCCGGCGCGGGCUUGACGCGGCGUGCUAGUGUAACGUAAUAGAGUUUUAGACUAUUCUAUUGCGGAGUCCCCUAAGAAAUACUUAAGAGCCUCAAUAUUGGAUAGAGAUGCUUGAAACCAUAAAUAUAUAUGUGUGGCGCAUGGCAAGCCUCCGGCUCAACCUUUCUGAAUUUUUUUAAUCCGCCCGGCACCCAGACGCGCUUUUCCUUUUAGUACGUAGUAAGUUUUUGCCACGAAUUCACGUAUGCUCAAGCGGAACCGAACCCGACAUUUCUUUUGCUUAUCUUCUAAUCGUUAUUACCUUGCUGUUGUUGUAAAGUAUUCAUUAAUAUGUACCCCCAGUGCUAUCACCUUGUUAUUACCUACAGACCGGCAUACGUUAACUGAGCUACCAUAAUUAGGUUUUAUUUCCCUCUCUAACUAAUUCAAAUUCUUCAGUUUACUGCUGUUUUUUUUUUUGUAUUCAACUCUCGUCUAACUAACCUUGCAAUGUCCAAAAACAAAAUGCUUAAUUGUCAGGUUACUAAAUUAUAAAGGCAUCAAAUCGCCUUGAAAAUUAGCAACUUGUCCAAGUAUGUGAUCAUUUAUAAAGAAGGCAAAACAGAUUGCGAAGAAGGGCCCGCAUUUGUCGUUAAGAGUCUUCAGACGUCUUUCCUUGAAUGCACAGUUUCAGAGCUUUUAGCGUGCUCUUCACUGUUAGGGUUUCGUCAUUAAAAUCUCUUUCCUUUGCGGUCUUCCUUUUUGGCUCCAUUCCAGGCUGUUCUGCAGAAAAACUUUGAAGAUAAGAAAGGGAUCACCAACCUCUUCUUGAUAACGUUAAUGAUGAUCAUUACGAUAACAAUGAAUGAUGACCGUUUUGUUGUUGUUUUUGCUGUUAGAUUAUACUCAACUCCAUGCAUAAGUACCAGCCUCGAUUUCACGUUGUACUAGACAACCAAGAAAAGAGUACGAUGACCAGUGCUCUACGAGCGAGUACGGAACAUGUGAAAACCUUCGUAUUUCCUGAAACGCAAUUCAUGGCUGUAACGGCUUAUCAAAACCACAUGGUAGGUCCUUUUCCAUUCCUUCACAUUGAUUCCAGAGGAAAAGGAUUAGAGUGUCUAGCCAGUAGCUCAUUAACCAUUCUCAAAAUUCUUUCCAGCCAGGGGAAUGCAUAGUUACUGGAAGAUGAAUAAAACUGUGGGAAAUAUUGUUUGAUCUGUGGACUUGUUUUAUGUUUUUUUACCAGAUGAUUCUAACGCUCAAACUGUUUGAAGACAUGUUUAAUUUUUUGAGUAAACGAAUUUUGAAAUAUAGAAAUUAGACGAUGGUUGUAUCAGAUCAUUGAGAGUUGGUAUGCACUGGGACUAUUGUAAAACCGCUCGUAAUCCUUUACCACACCAUGUUCAUUCUAGGCUCAGUACGCUUCUAUAGCUCCUACUCUACACCUGACUCGUUACCGUCCCCACCCCCCUAUAGAGGGUUCUUAACCCUUUACGCACCAAUAUGCACAUACAAAUUCUCCAAACUGAUCUCACAAAUUUCCUUAAAGAAUGAGUUGAGAGAAUUUCAUAACAGAUCAAGGCAUUGUCUGUGCUGAUCAUUUUGUUAAUUCUCAUAAUCGUAUCUCUUGACAAUGUUUGGAUAUCGUUAGGAGAAAAGUGAUGUUGGUCACUAUUGGCACUAUUUGAUAUUCUUCGCAGAUAACCCAACUGAAGAUAGCUAGUAACCCUUUCGCGAAAGGAUUUCGUGAUUGUGACCCGGAUGACUGGUAG